AUGCGGCAGGUUUCCCAAAGUCAGAUCCUUGAUUUUAGAUUUAGAUUUAGCCACUUUAGAGCCAUUCAAGCUCAUUCAAAGCCUCAGACGCCACUUAGUUCUGACCUCAAGUGGAGUUCGCCCACUGGAUUCCACUUUCUACUACCAUGCUAUGCCUCGGGGUGUCCCAUCGCCAACCGCAACAAGAUGCGGUCCCUGGAGGGUGGCGGGGGGGCGGGGCUGGGUAUGGGCAUGGGCGUCCCCACUGGGUUAGCUGCCAUGGGUGAGCCCCGGCCUCCUCUCCUGGCGGCCUCGUACUCCACGGGCGCGCCCACAGGUCCGCCAGCGGCCGCCCACACUCUCUUGGCCCGCCCGCUCCUCCACCCACUCCAGCCCCCGCCCACCAAGAAGCUCAGGAUGGAUGACUCAGCCAUGACGUACAAGACAGACGGCGAGGACCACACUGGUUUGGCCUCGGAGAUCUCGGAGUUGCAGAAAGAGAACGGUUCCAUGGAGGGCCACGUGAACAAAUUGCGCCAUGACGUCUCCUCUAUGGAGGCGGCUCUCAAGGUCGAGCAGAAGGAGGCGGCUGGUGCUGGUGAGCGAGGCGCGCAGCUAACCGAGUACUACGAGUCGCUGCGGAACAACGUGAUGUCGCUGUUGGAGCACGUCAAGCUGCCCGGCGGCGGCACGACGGCCCCGAACGAGCGCAUCAACCACGACAACUUUGACUCUUACCUCUCCAAGAUCCACUCUCUCUGCACCGACAAUUACUGCGAAGACAACCGGCCCCUCUACGACAGCGUGCGGUCCGCUCUCCAUGAUUUCACCGUGCCCCCCACGCCCAUCUGA